CCCAGCCAGCCAGAACCAGACAUGCCUCGUGAAGCGGAGCUGUCGCUCAAUGAGCGCGAAUUCUUACUCCAAGCGCUCGGGGAGAAUGUGCGCUUGGACGGUCGCGCCUUCGACGCGUUCCGCGACUUGGACCUGACAUUCGGCGACGAGUAUGGUGUCGCAGAUGUCCGCUUGGGCAAGACGAGAGUGAUUGCGCGCAUCUCUGCGGAGGUGACAGCUCCAUUCGCUGACCGGAAGUUUGACGGCAUCUUCAAUAUCAGCACCGAGUUCUCCCCCAUGGCCUCGCCCCAGUUUGAAGUUGGCCGACAGACAGACGCUGAAGUGAUUCUGUCCCGCAUCCUCGAAAAGGCUAUCCGUCGCAGCGGCGCCCUCGACACCGAAUCGCUAUGUAUCAUCGCGGGAGCAAAAUGCUUCUCUGUUCGAGCCGACGUCCACAUUGUCGAUCACGAUGGCGGUCUGAUUGACGCUUCCUGCAUUGCCGUCGUGGCAGCUUUGCAGCACUUCCGACGCUCGGAUGUUGCAGUGGAGGGAGAAAAGGUCACCGUUUUCAGUACGAGGGAAAGAGAGCCGGUGCCGCUAUCUAUGCUGCAUCACCCUCUUUGUGUGACAUUCUCCUACUAUAACACUGGAGAGGUAAUGCUGGUCGAUGCGACGUUGGCGGAAGAGCAGGUGCGUGAAGGCGAGAUCAUUAUCACGAUGAACAGGUACGGCGAGGUUUGUCAGAUUGCCAAGUACGGAGGCACGCCUGUCAACCCUCUGAGCUUGCUUCAGUGCACCAAUGUUGCCUUGAACAAGGUGCAAGCCAUGACAAAGUACAUCCAACGCAGACUGGAGGAGGAUGCCAAGAAGAGGGACGUAGGAGGCCUUAUAGCGGAGCUCAGCGCUGAGAACGCGAGGUGAUCUGCUCUCGAGCUCGGGACCAACUGAGCGCAGCAAACAGGCCCAGCUCCGCGCCCCUCAGGCGGGCGUUCUAACUAUACCAAGAUACGCAAGAUGGCCGGCUGAUAUGGCAGUCGUGAAGGCGGAGCCUAGGCGAUCAAGCUGGUGUCUUGGCCAGGGAAUAGUGAUCCCAAAUGGCCGCUUCAAUGGGAGAGGCCUUUUGGUUGUAGUGAUCUGGGCAAAACUAUUGAAGAAAGCAAUGCGAUCUAGGCAGUGUGCCAUGAAAGCAGGCCACUGAACACGGCGAAGGAAAGGGGGCUGAUUGUUCCGUAGACAACGGAAUCAGGUUCUGAACAUCCGC